CCCUCGGCGCGCUCGCCCGGCGGACUCGCAGGCGGCGGACUGGCCCCAGGCUGCAGGGAAGGGCCCGGCCUCCGCGAGGAACCCCUGGUGCCGAGACCAGCUCGGAAGUCAGACGUUGCCGGCACAGGCUGGGCCUCAGCUACAUUUCCAGAACCUCUCGUCAAGAUGGUAGACACAGAAACCCUGAUUUGCCCCCUCUCCCCACUCGAGGCUGACGAUCUGGAAAGCCCAUUAUCUGAAGAAUUUCUACAAGAAAUGGGAAACAUCCAAGAGAUUUCUCAAUCCAUCGGCGAGGACAGUUCUGGAAGCUUCAGUUUCGCGGAAUACCAGUAUUUAGGAAGUGGCCCGGGAUCAGACGGGUCUGUUAUUACGGACACCCUCUCACCAGCUUCAAGCCCCUCGUCGGUCACGUACCCAGUGGCGGCCGGUAGUGCUGAUGAACCUUCCAGCAUAGCCUUGAACAUUGAAUGUAGGAUCUGUGGGGACAAAGCUUCAGGCUACCAUUAUGGAGUUCACGCGUGUGAAGGCUGUAAGGGUUUCUUCCGGCGAACCAUUCGGCUAAAGCUGGCCUAUGAUCAAUGUGACCGCAGCUGCAAGAUUCAGAAAAAGAACCGGAAUAAGUGCCAAUACUGUCGUUUCCACAAGUGCCUUUCGGUCGGGAUGUCCCAUAACGCAAUUCGCUUUGGACGAAUGCCAAGAUCUGAAAAAGCAAAACUGAAAGCGGAAAUUCUCACCUGCGAACAUGACCCAGAAGAUGCAGAAACGGCAGAUCUGAAGUCCCUCGCCAAGAGAAUUUAUGAGGCCUACCUCAAGAACUUCAACAUGAACAAGGUCAAGGCCCGGGUCAUCCUGGCAGGGAAGGCCAGCAACAACCCGCCCUUUGUCAUACACGACAUGGAGACAUUGUGUAUGGCCGAGAAGACUCUGGUGGCCAAGUUGGUGGCCAACGGCAUCCAGAACAAGGAGGCGGAAGUCCGCAUCUUCCACUGCUGCCAGUGCACGUCUGUGGAGACCGUCACCGAGCUCACCGAGUUUGCCAAGUCCAUCCCAGGCUUUGCCAACUUGGACUUAAACGAUCAGGUCACUUUGCUGAAAUACGGAGUUUAUGAGGCCAUAUUUGCCAUGCUGUCUUCUGUGAUGAAUAAAGAUGGGAUGCUGGUAGCAUAUGGAAAUGGUUUUAUAACGCGUGAAUUCCUGAAGAGCCUAAGGAAACCGUUUUGUGAUAUCAUGGAACCUAAGUUUGAUUUUGCGAUGAAGUUCAACGCGCUGGAGCUGGAUGACAGUGAUAUCUCCCUUUUUGUGGCUGCUAUAAUUUGCUGUGGAGAUCGUCCUGGCCUUCUAAACGUGGGACACAUUGAAAAAAUGCAGGAGGGCAUUGUGCACGUGCUCAAACUUCACUUGCAGACCAACCACCCGGACAACAUCUUUCUCUUCCCAAAACUCCUUCAGAAAAUGGCAGACCUCCGGCAACUCGUCACUGAGCACGCGCAGCUCGUGCAGGUCAUCAAAAAGACCGAGUCUGACGCCGCCCUACACCCACUGCUGCAAGAAAUCUACAGGGACAUGUACUGAUGGAUUGAAGGUAAAACACCCAGGCCACGUGCCAAGGACUUCUAAAGUCGACAGCACUACAGAUGGGAAACGGGAGCAACAUCCGAUUUGCACAAAUUCCACCAUUUUCACCUUAGAGAAUGGGACGGAUGAGCCUUAGGUAACUGGAACCCUAGACCACAUGUCUUUCUUUUUCACACCAGUACUUCUGAAAGUGUGUAAAGUAUUAAAAUGGUGGGGACAGGUAGCUAUAAGCAGUUCUUAGAAAAUUAAGGGGAAUAAUGCCCAGUGGUUUGAUUUUAACUCACCUGAUGUUAAUCAAUGCAGAUUUCUUGAUAUCACGUGAAUAACCUAGCGCUGAAUUAACUGGUGAUCUCGAAAUAUGUGGUCUGUCUUCUCCUUUUGCCACCUUUGGCUGUUGUGCUCCCUUAUCAUUUUUAAACUAAUCAGCACUUUUUAACUUUUAUAAUCCUAUAAAUCUAGAUGAAUCCAAAGGUUAAGUAUUUUUUUUUAAAAAAGCAGCAAAAUAUUUAUUGGAAAGGCCUUAAUUCUGCUUCCUGAAUUUGAAGACAGACAACAUGCUGUUUCUUAAUCAUAGGAUUUAAAAUUUCAAAGGAUCAUUUGAUAAGCUAUCCAAACACAGCAGUCAGUUGGUUUUCACUGUGUUCAUGGUUGUGACUUAGGUGGAAGGGCCUGUUUGCAGGUGUAUGUAGACGAUCCCAGACAGCCGCAUCUCGAGACUCCCCCUGGAAUCGAUUCUCUGCCUCCUUUGAGCUGGCGUCGGGGCAGCAGGAGCAAGACAAACGGGAAGUGUGUCAGCUCUCCGUCCCUCUGACCUGUUCCCUAUCAAAUGGGAACCAACUGAGUCGGGUUGUUUGGGGGCCAUGAUAGCAUUUUGGGGGGCAAACUGACAACUUGCUUGUCAGUGUUCCUCUGGGCCCCGUGUGUCAAGGCAGCUCCUUGGUCUUUUCAUGUGUUGCUUUCUAAAGUACGCAGCUUUAUUUUUUUAACUCUUGGUGGCAGUAGCUGCACCCAAGUGUAGAAGGUGAGGCAAACAGGACUUUAGAGCAUGGGCCCUGGGGGAACCAUGUGGAGAAUGAGGGGGGCAGACACAGCGUCCUUCAUGGGGCAGUUUUCCGAUUACAUAUGGAAGGCAGCUUUCCUAACAUCUGAAAUACUUGUUUCAACCUAAACCCCGGUAUGGUUAUGAAAGCAAUGUUCUCCGUGGUUCUCGUCCAGAGCAUAUGGAUCAAGAAAGACUCUCUCUUUCUGUCCACCAUAGCACAUAAAUGUUCUGUGAGGGGAUCUGCAGCUGCCCUGCCCUCCAGGCCAGCCAGGCCUGAGCCUGCCAGAGCCUGAAGUGGAAGCCGGAGAGGAGGGGUGCGGGGGACCCCCCUGGCCACCUGCCUCUGACCCCCUGCCUCCUGGCAGCUCUUAGGACCUGGUUGUGCCCUUGGCGCCCCUCCCCCUCCAUCUCUAGAAAACUUAUCUCUGUAAGGUCACUCUACUACUUGCUGUCGAGGAAUGAUUAGGAUUGAGAUUGAUCAAGAUCCCGAGGUCAGCAUCCUGGAAAUGCGAGAGGAGAGAGAAUGAUAAAACUGUGAGGUUUCAACUAGAAAAGGCAGAUGUGACAACAGGCACAUCCUUCUCAAAAUUAAACCUUAGUGGUAGUUUUCAUCUUUAUUUUGCUGAGAGGCCCACUCAGAGGAUCCGUUGGAAGCAAACAGAAGUAUUUCCACGUAUACAUGACACCCGUCAAGAGGUCACCCAAAGUCAGAGGGCAGGGCUGUGCGGGCGUUCCUCCUUAAGACAAGGCCCCCUGGGCCAUUGCUGCAUCUGUGUCGCCUCCAUCGUCCACUGGCCUUUCUUCUCACAUGCCCCACGUGGAGGCCAUUCAUAGACAUGGUCUCAGAAAGGGGCCCUCGAGAUUCAGGCUUUCACAAAAGUCACUCACUCAUGGUUCUGUUUUCAUAAAACUUACUUUUAAAAAAGCUCCUUAUUUCGUGCAUUCUGCUACCGAAGGCAUGGGUUCUGCGCUCCUAGUGUCAGUGAGCAUUUGGCUCUCUUGGGGCCCAGCUAGACACCCAGAGACACUCUCGGUGAGGCCACAAAGGAGGCUGCAGAGAUUGCGGCUCGAAAGUCACUUAAAUUUGUUCACUGGUACAGAUAGGAAGAAAAUCACAGAUUCCUCUUCAUUUUAAGUAACAGUCACAGAUUGCCAUGCAGAAUGUUCAGGCCACCUAAUCAAAGAUUUCUCAGACCAGAUUUGUCAGAUAUGGACAGAUUAUUCACCAAUUCAAAAUACUGUCGCAUUUCCAGUAGGGGCUCGUUAAAGCACAUUUAUUGCCUGCUGGGUUUCAGCAGACGUCAGCAUGAAGUGGGGUAGAUCUGACAGAACAGGUUUGAGAAGCCUCAGACCAGGGCACGGAGCCCCUCCUCUGCUGGGGAACUCGGCACGCGAUGCAGCUCCCCGUGCCACCACCUUGACACCCUUAGACAAGUCACUGUCUGUAGCCACAAGUGCCAAAUGUCUCAGAAACCACAAAAUUACCAACAACCUUUGUCUGUAGGCCUGACAAGGACAAUUCCUGAACCCAGCAGCCAGCUCCAGCUUGGGAGCCGGCCUGGCCCUCUCUCCCUAGUCCCACAGUGUCCCUCCCCUUCGUCCUCCUGGGCACUUCCAGCUGGGUGUCCCCCACACAGAAUCCUGUCCCUGCCAUGCCGGGGGCUGUGCACGCCAGUGGCCGUUUGGGGGAAACCCAGCAUCUUCCAAAAUCAGGAUGCAAGCGAAGGUACCAGCACGAGCAGGAGGCAGGGACAGUUUGGCAGUCUUCAGAGUACCAGUGAGCUGCUGCUUUCUUCCCACACUGCUCUUGAGUUUCCCUGUGGCCUUGUAACUCUCAGAUGAGAUGCACUCCAGGCAUCUCCCUGAACAGCAGGUGUACAUAUAUCAAAAAGAAUGUGAAGUCCAAGAGAAGAACCUUGGUGCACAGUGCAUUCAGGAAUGCCUGCAAGAGCGAUUUUAAAGAGACUCUUCGUUUUAAGAACAAGAAUAUAUCUUUCUGCAUUUUGGAUGCGUUUCUUAUACUGGGCCAGCUGAAACUCUAAGGAAACAAACAGCCUCAAGGAUCGUGUGGGGGUUCCAGAGACAUGGCAGCAUCCUAAGAUCUGGGCAGAAGCUCAAGCAAGGCACAAGUAGAAUCCUUUGUUUAAUGUGUGAUGAUAAGUAAACUAUUAAUUUAGCAACUACUGUUUCCCCAAAUCUAUAGCAUAACAGCUACCUCAAUACAGUAUAUCUAAAGGCACAGUUAAAAUUAAGGUACAUGAAACACUUGGGGUCCUUUUGCAGCACCUAUAGUCAGAUCAUUUAUGAGUAAGAUUCCAAAGUUACUCACCUUUGCUUGAUUGCACACUGAGAGGUGGAAGGUCAUGUGACUCCUUAAAGGCACUUUGGUGGUUUAAAAAGUGCCUCCAAGAUACACACGUGCAGAAGCUGCUGCCCCAGUUUGGUGGCCCUGAGGUGGAGCAUGACCUGGGUCGAGAAGUGGGAACAGUCACUGGCCACAGUGACCCGCCCUGCUCCUCAGUUGUAGCUGCUGGCCGCAGCAGCUGGCUCAGGGAGAGACCCUGCCGGAUGAGGCUAGAAGCAGAUGCCUCUGGGCCAACUUAACUGGGAGUGACUGUCCAAGGUGCACCUGGGCCUCUGUGCUGCUCUGGGCACUUCCUGCCUGCCUCCUCCUCGCUUCUUCAAACCACCAAACACCUUAGAUACCUUAGAUACCUAGCCACUGCAUACUGAUGGUUGUGGUUUUUUGUGGUUUUUUUUGUCUCUACCCAGUGGCCACACCCGUCUCCGGAAUGUCUGACAAAAGCCCGUUUAGAGAGGGGUGCGCUGUUUCAGCCAACCUGCACUGCAGGUGUUCCUGGAGGGGUCACUUGCUUAAAGCCUUUAAGUUCACAGCUGUGGUUCCAUUCAGGAGGGCAAGGACAUCCCACUGUGGAAGUCGCCAGCUACGAUCAGUGCGACCCACUGAGAGCUUACUGAUUAUUAACAAGUGUCCGUGGAAGCUUUUUCCCACGUACCGAGUCUUCACAGCGUUGGCACAGCCCGGCACCGGGUGGCUCCAAAGCCAGGCCCCUUGUGCUUGUUCUCCUCUUAAAUGUGGCCCUGCUUCUCGGAACUCUUGGUCCAAGCUGAUUUAUAGGGUUCCCCUGGGAUUAAGGAUUCUUGCCAGGCUCCAAAGGUUGCAGCCUAUGUUUUUUUGCUGGGAUGUAAAUAUAUACACAUAUAUUAUAUAUAUUUAGGUGCCAUUUUAAUAGAAUUCAGGAAAAUGGUCAUUGACCUCCAGCCUGUGACAUGCACCAGAGUAAGAACAAAGGCAGUGAACUUUCGUCUGACUCAGGAGACGAGAUCCAUUAAUUUCUCUGGAAACCACAAUGCAAAUUAGAGGUGAUAUUGAAAGUUUUAGAAGAAGAAAAAAAAGACAAUGAAUCUUCAUGUGUCAGUUUAAGGAAUUAGAGAGUUCUCUCCAUUAUGCUGUUUUUGUGCAGCGCAGCUCGGUGUCUUAAUACUUCCAUGGAGUGGGCUGAGGCUUGUAAAGGCUUUGGGGGUGGCCCAAAGCUGUAUCAGGGCAGCAAGGGAGAGGCUGGCAGCCAGGGUGCGGUCUGAGCUGCCCUUGCAGCAUGAGGCCUGGGGCGCCUUCUCAGGUCUAGCGUGGGGCUCUCAGCGGACCAUUUGCUUCUUGACAUUUCAGUCUGAGAUAAGGACAAGUGUCACCGUGUACUACCCUACCUCAGGAAAGUGGGGGGGACCAUAUAAUGUGGCCCAGCUGAAAUACAUACAGCCACAUCCUUUUGGAAUUCCUUGCCAAACAGACUAACCUGCACCCACGUUCAAAGUCACAUCUUGACUGAAGCAAUCGGGAACAUCAAGGACUCCCGAGGCCCACUAGCUGUUCAGUGCAUUAUCUGCCAAAAUAAAAGAAAAAAAAAACUAAUUUUUUUUUUUUUUUUUUUAAAUGUCAGAGAUAGGGUUAAGACCUGGAUCAGGUUUUUUAAUUUGUUUUCUAGUUUGGGUCAGGUGUGAAGAACUUCCCCAAGUGCUUCUCCAGAGAAGGGAAUAUACUAGCCUCCUUCUCCCCACACCCAACACCCAAACUUCCUUAAUUCGUUAAUUCAACAGACUGCAGCAUUGUGCAGACCAGCACAGGGACCCGCCCCGCUCCGUGAGCCACCCACCCAGGUGAGCCCCGAGGGGAGUGCUCUGGGCCUGGAGGGGUCCUCCAGCCUCAGCAUGGCCUUCUCAGGGCAGGGAGGUCAAGCUUCAGGCCUUGAAGAUAAGCGAGUGACCAAGCUUUCCAAAGUAAAAUCAUUCACUUUUGCAAACUAUCUUCUCUUAAAAAGCACAGUCUGCCUUUUUUCAGGCCUAAAAACAAACUAACAAAAAAUUAAAAAAUUACCUCACAAUAGAUGAAUGCCACUCAGUACUCUUUCCAGUAAGGUCACAGUAUUUGCGUUUGAGCACUAUUUUUCCUACACUGUAUGGUUCAUAGAACUAUUUGUAGCUUUAUCUUAAAUACUAGGAUUCAAGUUUAAGUAAAAGUUUAGUAUAAAUAUUUUACUAACUUAUAAUCAUGCAUCUAGUAACAAAGAUUUGGAUUCUUUUGAAAUCAGUAUUAGUUGACAUAUACUCUUAGUAGCCUGGCUCUUGGAACCUACCGGAAACACAAAGGAUGCUGGAAUAUAACUGACAUACGAUCGCACACGCAUGUGUGCACGCGCGCACACACACACACGCACAGCUUUUUGUCUCUCCCAAGCCAUGCAGUUUAUUUCCCUGUAUAAAUCUGUUCCCCUCAACACGCUCAGAUGCAAGCACAAGCGAGUCUGUCCUCACUGUCUCUCCCGGCAAGGGGGCCAGAGACCCAGGUCCAGAGUCACUUACUGCCCCCAGCAGUAUCCUGAUGAAGACCUGAACUAUUCCUGGGCCGUGGCUCGCAGUCUGCACUCCAGAGAAUUACUAUCCUGUGGGUUAUUACCAAAGUACUCGGGCAAUCCAAAAUCUUCGAAUGGGAUAUUUGCACCACUGGUUCUCUGGCAAUAGCUAGAGAUGGCCCAGCCUAAAGCAUAUAACAGAAACCACGGACCCCGUGAGUCCCCCUGGGUCAUUCUCCGUAUCUCAGCAGAACUUCUUGAUGUCCACAGGGCCGUGGUGCUGAGAGCAACUGACUGACCCAUGUCAGAACAUUAGAUGGGUACAGAUUUCCAAAGCAGGACUGGGCUUGGUUUCUUGGUGUGUUUAUUGUUACCACUCUUUGGUACUUUAUACUCUCCAAGUCUUCAGGGGCUGGUAGACCCCUUGUCUUCGUAUUAAACAGGAGCAGUUCCAAAGGAGAUCUUUUAGAGCAGGUUCUGGGGGCCUCUCUGGGUCUGGGCGGAGAGGGCAUCCAGGGCCUCAGGGAGCAGGGGUGUGCACAGAAGAGCAAAUGGAAUCUUCCGAGUCACAUUAACCAAUAGCGGUUCCAAGCAAUUAGAAAAUGACUGUAACUUUUUAAUUUUUAAAAAAAUCUUCAGUCUUAUUCUGUUUCCUGCUAGGAGAUUGGACUGAUCACAUAUGCUGAUUUAUAUACUGAAUUUAUGGGAAUGUACAGGUUUGGAAUGUCCUACUGUAAGACUGAUGAAUGUAAGAAUUUAAUUUCAGGGUACAGCGUUGCCUUAAUGGUUUUAAAAAAAUAAAACUAUUUUUUAAAAUCA